UGCUCUGAGUGAAUCUGAUCUAACCUCAUUUUAUCUUACUUUGUUCGUCUUUUAUUUUAUAAAAAAGAAAAGAAAAGAAAAGAAAGAUACUGUUCACGGACACUGUUCACCUGAGGGAUCCGGCGCUUCUCUGUUCCGCAUCAUCUCAGUCUAAAUAGUAUGAACUCUGCGUCAGCUCAGUUUUCUACCUCUAGAACUAUGGGAAUAUAUGAAGCGAACCACCACAGUAGCAUAUGGGGAAACUUGUUUAAAGUUGUCAGCAGUAUGAAUACAGGUGCAUUUGCAAUAGUUGAAGUUAGUGCCAAAAUUGACAAUAGUGUGAGACAUUAAUGUCCUUUGUACAUGUUGAUUGCAAUAUUCCUCAUGGCUUGCAACUUUUUAUUUUUUUCCUAAUUCGCAAUUUAUUGGUAGUACUUUUGCAGUAUCUUUUAGAAGAUAUUCCUUCUGAUGAACUAGAAUGAGUAAAACCAUAAAAAAGAUAUUACCGGGAACUAAACGAGUCUGCAGAUAAGGUAAAGACAGAAUCUGUGUGAAACUUGGUAUCCCUUAUUUUGGAUAUUAAAUGGAGCAACUCUUAGAAGUGCUUCAUCAACUGUCUGAAAUAUAAUUUCUUCAAUACUUAAGAGUAGUGAAAGGCAUAUAUUUAAAGGACUAGUUCAUUUUUAUGUACAAACUACAUUUCUUUCUAACCUAGUAUUCGCAUAUUAACAGCUUAUAAUCUGAUGUUAUGACCAUAAAGUUCAUGUUCUUUUCCUUUUCAUCUGGUGUCUCUAGUCACAAUGCUUAGUAGAGAUCACAUGUUGCAUUGUCAUAUGCAUAUUUCAUUGAAACUGUAAUCUCGUAUAAUUCAGGUGUUUUAUGUAGUGGCAUAAACUUUUACAUUUUGGUUAGAGAUUUUCCUUUAAGGUUGCAUUUACUAUGUGGAAUGCAAAAUUCUCAUCUGGAAUUACAUUUUACAGGAACGUGCAUGUUUUAAGUUCCUUGCAGUAUUGGAUUCUAAAGUUUGCUCUUUAGGAAUUGGACUAUAUACCAUGACAGGUUCUCUGCUCUACUCGGAAGCAUAGUGUUUACUGGAGGAUGUGGUGAGAUUGCCAAAAAUGUGGCCCUUGACGUGUGGUGGCCAACCUACAGAAGUUGCUGCACAUGAUGCAUCUGUCAAAGAAGUUGCUUCGUUUGAACAGUUGAAUUGCCUAGCUACAUGGAGCUGGGAAAGGACAGUGAGGUGAGAUCAAUAGAGGGGAGGGUCGGUGUCUACCAUCUGGUUGAUGCACAGCAAAGCAUGAACUUGACAUUCAAAUCCAACAGGGAAGGCAGUGACAUGUAUUGCCUUAACUCGUUGAAUUUUCAUCCAGAGCGUGUAAAAAGAGAUGCCUUUACAAUCAUUAGGCCUCGUUAUCGUCGGUCAGAGAUUGAAAGUAAGAGCAAUGAUCGGUGCUUCAAGGAGCCUCCUCCUCCCAAUUGGAUCAAGAUAAACAAGUCUCAGAUUCCCAACAAAGAGACUAACGACAGGACUACCACCAAAAAUCCUCGGGCAACUGAAGGAGGGUGCUGCUGUAACAUCAACAACUUUAACGAAAUUGAUCUGGAUUCUGUUGCUCAAAGCUGCUGA